UCAAAUCCCUUACCAUGUGAUCCAUAACAGACUGUCUCAUCCUCACUUCCAGAGGGGAUUUGCCACAAUAGAGAGCCAAAGAACAAUUCAGCUUGCAUGGACUUUUUUAAUCAAUUUGGUUUACUUCAGUAACAGAGGACUCACAUUUGUGGAUUCUGUAAUGUAGAGGAGAGCUUUAAAAAUAGUUACCUAGGUCAAACAGGGGGUUACAGAAAAAAACCAAAAAAAAAAAACCUUCCACAAUGGGUCAGCGCCUGAGCGAGGACUGUGACCCAGACAAGGAAAUUGAUGUGGCAGAGCUGCAGGAAUGGUACAAAAAAUUUGUCGUGGAAUGCCCGAGUGGAACUCUUUUCAUGCACGAGUUCAAGAGCUUUUUUGGCGUUACCGAAAACAAAGAGGCUGCAGAUUACAUUGAAAACAUGUUUCGAGCCUUUGACAAGAACGGCGACAACACCAUCGAUUUUCUGGAGUAUGUGGCAGCCUUGAACUUAGUCCUGAGGGGUAAACUGGAGCAUAAGCUUAAAUGGACAUUCAAAAUGUACGAUAAAGAUGGAAGCGGAUGCAUUGACAAAACGGAGCUUCUUGAAAUUGUGGAGUCUAUUUAUCGACUGAAGAAAGCCUGCCACGGAGAGCUGGAUGAAGACUGCAACCUGCUGACCCCAGACCAAGUGGUUGACAGGAUAUUUGAGCUGGUCGAUGAGAAUGGAGACGGGGAGCUUUCUCUGGAUGAGUUCAUUGACGGAGCGCGGAGGGACAAGUGGGUGAUGAAGAUGCUGCAGAUGGACGUAAACCCUGGGGACUGGAUGACCGAUCGACGGCGCAGUUCCGACUUGGAGUAAGGACUAAGGCUGGAACAUGGAUUGUCAGUCUACCAUGUACACAUAUCAUUUAUGUGUGUCAAAUCAUGCCGUGAUUUUGUACCUACGGCGGUUUAAUGUAUAUAAAAGGAGACAACACCACUGUCAUCCUGGCAUUGUUUCACUAUAUUCUGCUUGCAUAUUGGCUUUGUGUUUCAGGUUCUGCACUGUAACAUUAGUUACAUUACAUUAUUUAUGACAAUUUAUGGUCUAGUAGGUCUGUUUAGGUCUGUACUUUAUUGACACUGCAGCCAUAAGGUGCUUACUGUCUCUUCUUUUUUUCACCUGUGUCAUUAAAAUGAGCAUAUAAGUUAUUCAAUAAACAUACUGAAAGCCCUUACACAAACAUGUUCCACCAUUAAGAGGUGUUUUGACUUACUCAGGAUGACAAGACCUCUUCUCAGAGCUGUGUGGAGCCAUGUACAGACUGAGAUUGGUUCCUCUCUCUCUCUCACAGUUUUGUUGCACCUUUCGGGAAAACUUGAAACUUUUUUGCAUAUUAUUGGUGCUCUCAGUGAGUGGCUCUCACAAAUAUUCCCAUCAUAGCACGACAAAGUUAAAACCUGACCAGCAUUUAGUAAUGUGACAUUAAUAUUAACAAACAACGUAAAUAAAAACACCUGUAAUGGUUUUGGGGGGGUCUUUUGAAAACAAUAAACAACAUGAAUAUAUACUGGUUUCACACUGCCUGUUUUGUUUAACAGAAAUCAGAUGUAUUGCAUGAAAUAAACAAUUAACUUUGCUAGUGAAGUUUAAUUCAAUUUAAAAAAGUAGGCUAUUUAUAUUUAUAGGAAACAUCUAUAAAUGUAAUGACAGAUCCAAAGACAGAUAAGGACAAUUUCUUGGUUUUCAAGGUUGGUUUCAGUGCUUCUUUAAAUAUAUACAAACAAUAUAAAACUCAAAUAAGCAGUUU